GUUUUGUGUAUCUCGUGUGUCUCUGGGUUCCGGCAGCAACGCGUGCUGGCUGCCCGCGCUGCCGAGCAGUGCUGGUGCUACCAGCGCUAUCAGCCGCGGCUUAAUCUUUUUUUAAUAUUAUUUACAGUUAUUUCAGACACUAAAAAUUAAAUCUGGGUUUAAUCUUCACUAAAAAAUACCGACAUUAAAUUUUGCGCUACCUCGGUUCCUGCCUGUCCCCACUGCAGUGUUGUUUCCCUCGCUCCCAGCAAUGGCUCUGUGUUUCCUGAGUGGUUUGAAAUGGGAACUCAGUGAAUUGCAAGGGGAAUAAAUUAGUGCGAGAUGCACUCACUUCCCUAAGAUAGAAGUGAAAGUUGGGUUUGUUUGGUGUGCUGGGAGAAUGCUGGGUAAAAGUCUCUGACGUGGUGAUAACGGGCACGUUGAUAUGUUGUUUUUUGUAGCCCAAAAUGCUCCAAACUCUGACUGGGAGAAGAAGGUAACCGAAUACUUCAAGGAGAAAUUAAAAGAAAAUAAUGCUACUAACUGGGUCCCAUCACUGAAUGAUGUUCCUGUACAUUACCUGAAACCCAACAGCUUAGUGAAAUUUCGCUGCAUGGUUCAAGAUAUGUUUGAUCCUGAGUUUUACAUGGGAGUCUAUGAAACAGUUGACCCAAACACAAAUGCACGGGUUUUGCAUUUUGGUAAAUACAGAGAUGUGGCAGAAUGUGGGCCUCAGCAGGAAAUUGAUUUGAACUCCUCACAAACAGUCACCUCGGAGAGACAGACUUUCUACUGUGUUCCAGUGCCUGGUGAAUCUGCAUGGGUGAAGGAAGCCUACAUCAGUGCCAGCCAGGCCCGGGUGAGCCCCUCCACCUCCUACACCCCCAGCCGCCACAAGAGGAGCUAUGAGGAGGACGAGGACAUGGACCUGCAUCCCUCCAAACAGAAGGAGCAGCACAUGGGCAGUGGAGGUGAUAUCCAUGGAUGUGUGGAGGCAAAGAGAUUAGAAACAGAAGCUUCUGCAGGCCAUCAUGUCAUUUCUCCCAACUGCUCCCCUCCACUUGACCUAAAUUUUCCCUUGCCAGGAGAGAAGGGACCAGCAUGUCUUGUAAAGAUCUAUGAGAGCUGGGAGAGCUUCAAAGUCAAUGAUGUGCUGGAGGUGUUUGGUGUUCUGUCUGUGGACCCAGUGCUGAGCAUAGUGAACAGUGAAGAGAGGGACAGCUCCAGCCUGGAUCCCAUGGAGUGCAUGGACACCAUGGAGGAGCAGAGGGUGCACAGCCCCCCAGCCUCCCUGGUGCCCAGGAUCCACGUCAUUCUGGCCCAGAAGCUGCAGCACAUUAACCCCUUGCUGCCUGCCUGCCUUAACGAAGAGGAGAGCAAAACCUUUGUUUCUAAUUUCAUGUCUGAGCUGUCACCAGUGAGAGCAGAGUUGCUGGGGUUCCUCACCCAUGCCCUCUUGGGAGACAGUUUGGCUGCUGAAUACCUGAUACUGCAUCUCAUUUCUACAGUCUAUGGCAGACGGGAUGUGCUUCCUCUGGGAAAAUUCACCGUCAACCUGAGCGGCUGUCCCCGGAGCAGCGCCUUCAGCGAGCACCUGUACCGCCUCAUCCAGCAGCUGGUGCCAGCAUCCUACCACCUGCGCAUGAGCAUCGAGAGCAUGAACCACUCGCGCUUCAUCCCCCACAAGGACUACGCUGCCAACCGCCUGGUCAGCGGGCUGCUGCAGCUGGCCAGCCACACCUCCCUGGUCAUCGACGAGACCCAGCUGGAGCAGGGACAGCUGGACACUGCAGGUGUCCAUAAUGUGACAGCCCUGGGGAACCUGAUCACCUGGCAGAAGGUGGAUUAUGACUUCAAUUACCACCGGAUGGAAUUCCCAUGCAACAUUAAUGUGCUGAUCACUUCCGAGGGCCGCUCGCUGCUGCCGUCAGAUUGCCAAGUCCACUUACAGCCACAGAUAAUUCCCCCAAACAUGGAAGAGUACAUGAGCAGCCUCCUCACGGCAGUGCUGCCCUCCGUGCUGAACAAAUUCCGAAUUUACCUGAGUUUGUUGAGGCUGCUGGACUACAGUAUAUCUGAUGAGGUGACCAAGGCAGUGGAAGAAGACUUUGUGGAAAUGCGCAAGAACAACCCCGAGAGCGUCACGGCCGAUGACCUGCACAAAAUGCUGCUGGUGGCCAGGUGGGUGUGGUGCUCCUGUCACCCCUCUGGGCUCCCCAGCCAGCUGCAGCUUCAGCCAGCCCUUCAGCUGGAGGCGCUGCGCAAGGCCAGGCUGCAGCAGCAGCAGUGUGUCAAUGGCAAUGAACUUUAA